GUGUAACAACACGGUGCGGGGGCAGGAUUGUGACGAUAUCACGCCGAUAAAAAAUACAUUAUCCAGUGCUUCGAGUUUCGGGGUUACUGGGCGCACAGCUAAAACAAAAAGGAUAAGGACAUCUUUCUACAUCAGAGGGCACCCUCAGUCUGUGUGUCGCCUCUCAGGAUGCCCUGCAUGGUGUUGCUGUAGUGGAGAGGACCGUCACUUUAGGAUCUCCAGAGAGUGCCUCGGCCAGUCGAUCAGCAUGCCUCGCUCUAGUGUCAGUCACAACUCAAAACCUAACUGUAGCCCUCUGUGGCUCAUCUGUUUUCUGCUGGGCCUCUCAACUGUACGCACUCAUGCCAAAGAUGUCCUCACUGUACCCCAGCAGGUGAGCCUGUCAUCCAACAGUUAUACACAGCAGCUAUCCAUAUCCUGGCUGGGAGGAGCAGCCUCAACGUUUGACCUCAUGAUUCUCAGAACUGAAUUCAAUGAAACUGUCUUCUAUGAGACAGUGCCUGUGACUGUGAAUCAAGUGAGUGGUCAGCAUCAGUGGAACUGGACCUCAGUUGAACCUCUGGAGUGUACAUCACUGUCAAUCAAAAUCCGCUCGAGAGAAGGGCAGACAACAAGUGAAUGGAGCAACACUGAGAUUCUCCAAGGACGGGAUCUACCCAGCAAUGAGGGAAUCCAGAUGUACCCCCAGGACAGAGCCGUACCCGUGGGGGCUAACACUACCUUCUGUUGCAUUGUGGCGGAGGGGUUGGACUUUGGUACCAUCCAUUAUGGCAACAGAGUCCUGAACGUAACACGACUGAGCAGGCGAGCUUACGCCACCACAGCGAUUAAUCAGGGACCCACCAAACAAAGUGGAACCAACGUCAUUUGUUACAACGACCAGAUGCCAGGACUUGGGGGAUCAGUGGUUUUUGUUGGAUAUCCACCACAGCUCAGUGAUUUUGUGUGUGAGACUCGGGACUUGACCUCAGCAGUGUGCCAGUGGAAUGAAGGGCGAGACACACAUUUGUAUGGCAAUCGAAAAACACACUACUCACUGAACAAGAGGAAAUGUACUGUUUCCAUCCUGGAGCAGAAGAAAUACUGUAAAGCAACCCAAUGGGAGGAUAAGUGGACACUGGUAGCUGUGAAUCCUCUUGGCCAGUACAGUAUUACGGACUCCGCUGAAAUCAGUCACAGAGUGCGACCAGUAGCACCAGAUGAACUGACCUCUGUCCCCCAUGCCUGGAAUGCCACUGUAAUGUGGCAGUGGAGGAACAGCGCCUAUUCCUCCUUGCCUCUUUUCUGCCAGGUGGAGCUUACGUCCCAGGAGGUCAAAACUAUGCUCAACUUCUCUGGGGAGGGUGUGCAGUCAGUGGUUUUAUCGGACCUGUAUCCUGAUGAGGAUUACAGUGUUAAAGUACGCUGUGGUGCGCAGCAACAUUUCUGGAAGUGGGGAGACUGGAGUGAAACCUUUUCCUUCAAAACUGCCAUUGAUGUUCCAGAUGCUCCUGAUGUGUGGAUGUAUAUUAACAGGGAUAACAGUGGGCAGAUUGUUUGGAAGCCUUUGACACAUAAACAGAGCCAUGGUCAAAUUACAGGUUAUGAAGUGACUCUCUGGAACCCUGAGGAGAAUAUACAGCACACAGAAAAUGUUCCUCCGAACACUUUCAUUGUACCAGUCAACUUCACACAGACAACUACCUUCAGCAUUGACAACCAGGUCAUAGCAACUGUCAUUGCAAAGAACGCUGCGGGAGCAUCACAGUCUGCAAGUGUAGUUUUACCUCUACAUGUGACAGAUGUGGACCUCCUUGCAGUGUCCAGGGUAGUUUAUACGGACAGAGGUUUCCCUAUCUUCUGGCAGAGCAAUGACAAUGCCACCUGUGGUUAUGUGGUAGAAUGGCAUGAUGCCUUCUGCACCCAGGACUGCCAUGUGGAGUGGGUCAAGGUGGCAACCGGAACCACAAAUAUCUCCGUUGACUCAGCUAACUUUGAGCCAGGUGUGAGGUACAACAUUUCCUUGUACAGCUGCUCCUCAGAGCUGCUGCAGCGCUGGCAGGGAUACGUGCUGGAGCUGGUCCCCUCCAGCCCUGUCCGCCACCUGUCAGUCAGUCAGCAGGACUCUGAUGUUGUCUUGACCUGGGAAGAGAUCCCACCAGUCAACACAAGAGCCUUCCUCCGGGGAUACAACAUUUACAUCAGUAAUGGCUCCCAGCUCACACUACUAGCCAAUCUGUUGGACCUUGGAAGCAGGAGCUACACAGUUAAGGGUCUCUCUAAGGACACCUAUAAAUUUACUGUCAAGGCCUACACCUCAGCAGGCGAGGACACAGGCGCCACUGUCUUCAUAUCACUGAAGCCAACUGAUUGGCUCAUUCUGGAAAUCUUGGCCUCACUGGGAAUUACGGCCUUAUUCCUGGUUAUUGUCACCUUCAUUUGCUACAAGAAACGGAAAUGGGUGAAGACAGCGUUCUAUCCAGACAUACCUGAGCCUAAGCUGCCUGGUGAUUGGUCCAGGACACCGGGGCCACUGGAUGUGAAGCCAUCUCCCCACAGUAUGGUUCGUAUCGUAGAAAAGAAUGAUUGGGAUUCUAGUAAAGAGGUGCUCGUCGUCAUUCCUGAAGAAGACGAGGAUGAAGAUGAGCAGGGGAUAGGAGACGAGCCAGUUGACACAGAUGAGCCGACGUCAUUACGCUAUUACAACCAGGUGGUAGACGAGCGACCCAUAAGGCCGCGUUACCCAGACUCGUCUGAUUCCUCUGCAUCUUCAUUGGAUUCAGCACGCACAGAUGUGACUUACACAGGGAUCCAGACCUCAGGGUCUUCUUUGGCCCUCCAGCUGGAUUCACAGGGAUCCUCUGAGGGCCACCAACCCCAGGCUGAUCUGUCUGUCAGCUGUGGAGAUGGAGGAGGGGGUUACAGGCCACAGAUGCAACCUAGAGCAACAAGUGAUGACCUGAACCUAGCUUCCCCUGAGUCUUUCCCAGAGCCUCAGGUUGCCAGCACUGGGGGCUACAAACCCCAGAGGUCCUGGCAUUUGGACUCCCCUGUGGAAGCGGAGGAAAGUGGUGGCCUGGCUCCCUCUCUGGGAUCCCCCACCUCUAUUGCUUCCACUCAGUUCCUCCUUCCUGAUGGUGGUUCAGAGGAACGUGAAGAGGAGAAACGUCAACUGUCAUCAUCAGCAGCAACUUGGUUCACCAACCUGCUGUCAUCCACAAAACCGUGAUAUCAUCUCUUACUUAAGCAGCCAGGCCAGGGGGGUUUUACAAAGAAUAGAUUCAUUACGGUUACCUGUGACAUGCAUCAAACAAGUCUAGCCCAUAUUGUUAGCGUAUAAUAUCCUCUCUGAUGUAGCAGUACAUUCUUACAAUUGCACUUUGACUGCAGGUUACUAUAAACAUCAAGAUAAAGGUAUACUAGUUAAUUUUACCUUCAAUACAAAUGCCAUAAAUCAAAAUCUGUAUAUUUAUUUUUUAAAACAUUUAUAUUCUGACACAAAUUUCUUAUUCACACCUUUCUAUCCAUUUACUGCACCCCCUGGCAACCUGGUUGCUGUUCAGUACCCUCACUGCCUUUUUUGUGACUCACUAUAAUGGGCAUUUAGCAAUUGCAUAUCCUGUGUUCAAACUGAGUAUAUUCAGUUUUUAGCUUGCAAAUCAGAUGGGUUUUUUUAAAACUUUUUUGUGAUUACUGAAGUGAAAUACAGAAGGAAACUGAAAGCAAGAAAGUUUCAAAUCAAACGGCACAAUAACCUUAUGGGCAUGUUUGGAGGAACACUAUAAAUGAACUGUUUCAAAACAGAAGGUAGCUAAGUAGACAGAAAACCUCCCUCUCAUUACAGAAACCUUAUCUUUUGCUGGUCCAUUAAUAGGAUAAUCUUGCCUAUUUUACAACUGCCGAUGAGCUACUGAAAGGAAGAAAAGGCAUUGGGCUGUAGAAAAGCAUCUAUUUUUCACAAAUGACAGAGGGCGAUUAAUUGGAAAAAGCACUUUUUCGAUUAGAGAAGUCAUUAUUUUACACAGGUGCAGGACUGGUGCUUUCCUUUUAUGGUCUGAAAUUGUCUGGUUGACGAACCCGUUGAGAUACACUGAUAUAAGCUAUAACAUGAAUAUAAACUGAUGUAAUUUAAUGGACAAAUACGCUGUUAUGUUACUUCACUGUCAUUGUUGUUUUGUUUUGACUUCCUUAACCAGUAGUUUUUUUUUUCUUUGUAAGAAACACAUUUCACAUUCAGGCCAGUGUCUUGUUAUGUCUGUCGUUACAUGUGCUGCAUUAACAGCCCCCCCCCCCCCCAGGCGAGUUAUGAGCCUUUCCACUGUGCUGAUUGGUAAUGAGCAAAUUAUGGCAAUUAUCUUGGACAGAUAAUUACAGUAUUCAACUUGCCUUGAUAGAUCUACUACUUCCAGUCACUUUCACCGUGUCCCCUCUCACACACUGCCUUGCCACUGAAUGUUAUGUAUAAUGAUAAAGAAUACAACAGCUUACAGUUAUGCUGUUCAGAGAUGUAUUUUAUGGGACAUACAGGUUCCACUAGCACUGAGUGUAAUAUACUAAACAUUACUUUUCUCAAGUUUAGUUACAUUUUAAUUGUCAUAAUGUUACUUUCAGCCCUCUUAGUAUAUUUGUUUGGUUGUAAGGUUUUUUUGUUUGUUUUAAUUGUUUUUUUUAAUUAUGCCAAGAUUGCCUCUGAUGUCAGCUAUAUUGGGAAGCUUGUUCGUUUUUAGGAAGAUCCAAGUCUACACAACAUUUAAAGUUGUAACAAAAUGUGACUAUUAAUCGUCCGUUGCAAAUAAGUCCUAAAGCCACCUUGUACAUGUUGUGAUUGGAAAAAGGGACCAAAUGGAAAGCAUCAUUUGCUGCCUAUUUGUAAAUGCUACCAUUGAGCUGUUGUUGACAGGAGUGUGGGGUAAUUACAAUGUGAAUAUCGGUCACUUAACAGCACUAAUGGUGUUAUACACAAGGCCACUAAUUGCCUGUAUCUGUAUGUAAGAACACUCCACAUACUCCAUUUGCUCUCCACUUAUGUGUACAGUGUGGGUGUUCAGGAUCGGCUUGGCUUCCCGAAAGCAUCAUUAUGCUACGAUUAUCAUUUGACAUUCUAAUCCAGUGGUAACUAGGAUUAUAAUUUCGUUGUAUUUUUCAUAGUCGGGCACUGGCUUGUGACAGCCUCUGGCCUGUUGUUUCUCAGUGCCUCCAGCCUACAAGCUUUAAGUAAAACUACUGUGACAUGAACAAUGACUUAGAUGAACUAUAAUGGAUGGCUCCAAUGACAAACUAGUAACAGGCAGGCAGUCCUCUUUGACUACUGAGAAAAAUGUAUCCACCUCUUUGUCUCUAUCUUGACUUGUAACACUGAUCUGAAGUCUAAGUUCUAAUUAGUGAGAAUAAUCUAUUGGCAGAAUUUGUCCAAAAGCUAAAAUAAAGCUUACUGUAUUGAGUGAAUCAAUCAGUCAUGUGAGAUCAGUGAACACUUCAAGGUAGUGGUAAAAUGGUGGAUAUAGUUUUUAGUAUUUAAACAUGGCUGCAGAUUUUUUCCUUUAAAGUCCAUGCUUUCUCAAUUAAGCAGAGCUUUGGAGACUAACCUAUGAACGCUAUGUGUUACAUGCAUUUAUGUUGAUUUGGAUCAACAAAAUGGCACCUUUUUAUUUUCCUUUAAAUCUUUGUUUUUUUAUAAAACCUACUGUACAUAAAUGUAAUUUUCUUUUAUUUGUUUCCUUCUUACAAUAAGAGUUAUGUUGUGUUACUUUGGAAACUAUAUUCCCUAUAUGUCAUCAGACAGAGUUAAUGGUGAAUUACCAGCUUUUCUGACAGAAUAAAGGCAAAUGUUUGUGUCAAUGAUUUCAGGUAUUGUUAGAUCAAAUGUAGAAACAUCAUACUUUGAUCGCAUGUUUGUUGUGCGCUUUAACUCAUGAAAAUCUUGUAAAUUGAACUAGAAUUGUGAUCCUGUCUUCCUAUAAUACUUUAGCUGCUUUGCAGUCCUGUCUUAAGACAGCAGUGUCGCUUUUCCAGACACAUUGUAAGUAGGGCCAGAGCACUCACCAUGCAGAUUCAUACAUGGCAAAUGCUGACAUGCAGUCCAUUACAUUGUUGUUGUUUUUCAGGUGUCCAUCCUCAUUUUUAAUUGGAGCCUAUGUUUUUAUUCUUCUGUACAACAUUAGGAUUAUGCGUUUUAUACAGCAGGGUACACUUGCUGCCUUACACAUCCUUUUCUCUGGCCCUAUAUGUUUUUGCAAAUGCUGCAUGCUGUAUAAACUAUUACUCCAAAGUUGUGGCUUGUAAUACCUUUUAACUUCAUGUUUAUGUUACCCGAUGGCUUUCAAACACUAACACUGACUAAUGUUGUGCAUGGCAACAUUACUGACGUAUUGUGCACCUGGAAAGGCUUUAUUGCUGAAAAUGCAUUAAAAUUCAUGAUAUUUUGGAGUAUAUUUUACUAUUGAUUGAAUGAAAAGAGACCGUGGAUUUGUUCUGAGUGAAUAAAUAAAUGUUAACACUAAUAAAACAAACUGAAAUGCUACUCGUUAAAGACAAUAAAAGUUAUUUGUCUGGCCA